AAAACAGAGAAAAAAAAAUUCUCCUCCCGAAACCGGGACCCCACCAAACCCCGCAACCCAACGCUUCCCCUCCGCGAGGCUUCUGGAAAAGUACCCCCGAUUGACCGCGACAACUGCGACCGACCACGCCGCCGGCGAAUCCCGCCGCGCCACCGCCGCGGGGGACGCAGGGAUGGCGCUGGAGCUGAGCCUGGUGUCCGCGGCGCCCCUGGCCGGCCUUGCGGCGAGCCCGCCCCCGCCCGCCCCGCCGGGGAAGGAGCAGCAGGUGGCCGGGGUGGGGAUCCUGCUGCAGAUCUCCAUGCUCGUGCUCUCCUUCGUGCUCGGGCACGUCCUCCGCCGCCACCGGUUCUACUACCUCCCCGAGGCCAGCGCGUCUCUCCUCAUCGGACUAGUUGUUGGUGGGCUUGCUAAUAUUUCAAAUACAGAGACCAAUACUAGGAUGUGGUUCAACUUCCAUGACGAAUUUUUCUUCUUGUUCUUAUUGCCUCCGAUAAUAUUCCAAUCAGGAUUCAGCUUAUCCCCAAAACCAUUCUUUGCAAAUUUUGGGGCCAUUGUAACUUUUGCCAUCCUUGGGACCUUCAUUGCUUCUGUUGUAACAGGAGUUCUUGUCUAUCUUGGUGGGCUGACAUUUCUAAUGUACAAACUUCCAUUUGUUGAGUGUCUCAUGUUUGGUGCGCUUAUAUCUGCAACCGAUCCUGUCACUGUGUUAUCAAUAUUCCAGGAGCUGGGCACUGAUGUUAACUUGUACGCUCUGGUUUUUGGGGAAUCUGUUUUAAACGAUGCGAUGGCGAUUUCUCUUUACAGGACAAUGUCAUCAGUCAGAAGUCAAGCAGCAGCUGGGGAGAACUUCUUUAUGAUGGUUUUCCAGUUCCUUGAGACCUUUGUUGGCUCAAUGUCAUCAGGUGUUGGAGUUGGAUUUAUCUCUGCUCUUCUAUUUAAAUAUGCUGGGCUGGAUAUUGACAAUCUUCAAAACUUGGAGUGCUGCCUUUUUGUUCUCUUCCCAUACUUCUCGUAUAUGUUAGCAGAAGGACUUGGCUUGUCAGGAAUUGUUUCUAUACUAUUCACAGGGAUGGUUAUGAAGCACUAUACAUAUUCCAAUCUCUCAAACAACUCGCAGCGCUUCGUUUCUGCCUUCUUUCACUUACUGUCAUCUCUAGCGGAAACAUUUGUCUUCAUUUAUAUGGGCUUUGAUAUUGCCAUGGAAGAACAUAGCUGGUCUCACGUGGGCUUCAUAUUCUUCUCAAUUAUAUUUAUAAUACUUGCAAGGGCAGUAAAUGUCUUUUCUUGUGCAUACUUGGUUAACAUGUCACGACCAGAAAAUCGACGCAUACCUCUAAAGCAUCAGAAAGCACUUUGGUUUAGUGGGCUUAGAGGGGCCAUGGCUUUUGCACUUGCUCUCCAAUCUGCUAACGAACUUCCUGGAGGACAUGGAAAGACAAUAUUCACAACUACCACAGCUAUUGUUGUUCUAACGGUACUUCUUAUUGGAGGAUCAACAGGCACCAUGCUGGAAGCUUUGGAUGUAAUUGGUGAUGAAAACACAUCUAUAGAAAAUUAUGAUGACAACAAUGGUUACAUCCCCCCAACUUAUGAGGAAGGUACAUCAUCUGGAGGAGGAUUAAGAAUGAAACUCAAGGAGUUCCACAAAAGCACAACGUCGUUUACCGCCCUUGAUAAGAACUAUCUGACUCCAUUUUUCACCAGUCAAACUGAUGAUGAUGAUGAUUUCGGUGAACAACCGCAAAACCAGAGACGAGGAUUCUAUGAUCAAUAGCUGGUUGAGCUCCGACCUGACAUUCUUAUACACGACACUUUAGGGCAUGAUAGCAUGGUAUGUGAUCGGAAUCGUCCGGAUAAGCAUACAACUUCUCUUAGUUGAGUAGCAUAUCGCAGAGCAUACCGUAGGAUAGAGAUCAGAUCAUAACGCAAAACUUGAUUCAUCGAGGAUGACGAAAGCAUGCUGCUUCAUGUAUAUAUAUAAUAGGCCUCGAUUAGUAUGGUAGAGCUCUGAAUGAGAGAAAAAAAAUGGUUGUAAGAGAAAAAAAUUGAGCCAAAGCCCUUAUCAUAUGUUAGGUUGAUUGUAAUAACCCAGAGCUGAUCAUUGGCAGCGUACUGUAAUCAGCUUGGAAAAACAUGUUGUAAAGUAACCAAAGCAUCACAUGUGCGAGUGACGGCUGGCUUUACAGUUACUGGUAAUCAUUGAGGCUUGCUACUAA